AUGGGCCCGCUCGCGUCAGGCAGGCCGCAGUGCUACUCCAAGCCGGGAAUCAACCCACACUUCGUGCAGAGCAUGCGGGCGGUCGCGCAGGAGCGGGCCGCGGCCGAGGCCCGCGGAGCCUACUUCAACGAGCGGACCGCGCUCGACGAGCAGCUGCUCUCGGUGUUUAGCGAGGAACUUCCCAGCGGCAGGACAGUGAGUGGCAGAGCGCGCAUGCAUCUUCGAGGUGAUGCGAUUAAGAGCCUGCGGUCGCUACGCAACGGCCACAACCCCUUUGACCGUGCUGUGAUCAAACCGAGCUGUUCGCACUGCACCGCGGGCGCGGGCGCGAGCACGAAGGGCCUGGUCAAGCACAUCUUCUGCCCAGAGCGGAAAAAGUUCGACAGUACCGUCGAGGCAGAGGCGGUAAAUAUCUUCAGGGGCAGCCUGAUCGACGCGUACAACUGCCAUCUCGCCGGCAAGCUCAUCGCUACGGGUGAGGGCGGCAGCUCGGUGGCGCAGGCCGACGGCGACGCGGGCGGCGCGGAUGCGAGCAUGUGCGGCGGCGAGGCGGCCACCGUCGCUAUCGCGCCUUGCCAGCCCUUCACCACCUCUAGCGUCCACACUACACACAACAGCUACUCUCACAUGCGGCGGACGGCCGCCACGGGCACUUUGCGUGGCGAUCUCACGGUGGCGCUGGACGGCCUCGGCGGGUGCCUCUCGCGCCUUCGGCUGGAGGGCCGGUCGACGGGCGUCGGCUGGCGCUCCGGCGCGCGUAAUGGCAGCCAAGUCGCGAUGGGUGGGCCGCAAGAGCCGUCCGACCGUUCGGGCCGGCUUACUGCAGAUGGCGUGAUCAGCGACGCGGGCCUCGCCGCCUCUCCGGCACGCACGGCCCCGCACACGUCGGAGGGCGGCCACGGCUAUGUCUCCCUCCUCGGCCCGGCGGCACGGCGCGCGGGGAUGCACCUCUCGACGCCGGGAGGCGGCCAAGUCGCGAUGGGUGGGCCGCAAGAGCCGUCCGAGCGUUCGAGCCGGUUUACUGCAGACGGCGUCAGCAGCGAUGCGGGCCUCGCCGAUCUGUGGCAAGCACGGCCGUGCAACGACCGCCUCUGCCUCGCCGCCGUCGGCCGCGACUCGGGCACUUUGCGUGGCGCUCUCACGGCGGCCCUGGACGGCCACGGCGGGUGCCUCUCGCGCCUUCGGCUGGAGGGCCGGUCGACGGGCGUCGGCUGGCGCUCCGGCGCGCGUAAUGGCAGCCAAGUCGCGAUGGGUGGGCCGCAAGAGCCGUCCGACCGUUCGGGCCGGCUUACUGCAGAUGGCGUGAUCGGCGACGCGGGCCUCGCCGCCUCUCCGGCACGCACGGCCCCGCACACGUCGGAGGGCGGCCACGGCUAUGUCUCCCUCCUCGGCCCGGCGGCACGGCGCGCGGGCGUGGACCUCUCGACGCCGGGUUGA